AUGAGUUUUGUUGACACAUUACUUUCUACUUCAAGAUUAGUUCAAAGAAGAGUAAAGUUAUGCACAUGUGCAGGUUUAGAGCGCCACCUUUUACAUGAACUGGAUAGUUUAUCAUUAAAAUUUAACCUGGUCUCAAGAGGAAAAUCAUAUAUUGAUAUCUCAACGGGAUUAGAUACAAUAUGGUCAAUUAUUCAAAAUAGCCGAAUAUGUCGACAACUUUAUAUUCAUGUUCUCGACCCAUUUGAUGCCGAAAAUCCAAAACAUUUCAUAAAUAGGCUGAAUCAAGCUGAUUGGGGUUCAUUCAUUCCAUUUUCUCAUAAAUUACCUCCUCCAAUUAUUAAAGUUUUGGCCACUAAAUCUAAGCUCUAUCACACUGGGAUGGUUCGGAACAUGGUUGAAAGGGUGAUUAAUUCUCACUGUUAUCGAUACAAGAAGAUGCAGGGCGAUGAACUGCCGAGUUUCAUGAAGAAUCGUGGAUAUGUUCCUCUUUGUCCAAAGAUUACCGUUGAUAUAAAUAAUAACAACUGCCAAGUGUUGGCUGAUGCGUCUGGAGACCUGAGCGAAAGACCCUGGAAUAAACUAUCAAUGAUAGAUGAUCGGAUAGUUUCCAGCGCUUCUUCGGCCGUAAUUCAGGAACUAAUCACUAGGGAUGCCUUUGCAGACAGAACAACAGUUUGGGACCCAUUUUGUCACAACGGUUCAUUACUCCUGGAAUUAUUAUCAUAUUUAAACGGUACGAAAUCAUUUUAUUCAAAUUUUAAUCAUUCGCUAAUUUUAAAUAUUAAUAAAUAUGUAGACGAGAAAUUCAGAGCGGAAUCGCCAAAUUACCCACUUCACAACUGUGCAAAUGAUCUUCUUGCCAAACUUAAGGACCAAAAUGCAGUUCAACAAACAGAAACAAAAGCAACAUCUGGAAAUGUUGAAAUAAAAUUUGAUUGUAAGCAUAUUAGUGAUGUACCACUUGACCUUAAUAAGUGUAUAAUUUUAACAAACCUUUAUUACGGAAAUAAGGAAAUGAAGGCUCAAUAUUCGAAUUAUUUUAGAGAAUUUUUAAAAUUUAUCAAGUCUAAAUCUCCCCAAACACCAUCAGUAUACGUUAUUUCUCCCAGGUCUUUUAAGAGGAUUUCUAAGCUGAAGUGGGAAACCCUGAUGGUGUUUAACAAUAAUGGCAUAAUUGUUGAUUUGCUAAAGUUAUUAAAAUAG